UCUGCGUCUGUUACUCAUAGUAUUAAAGCCAGGGACAGCUAGGCACUUUGCAUGUUUAAAAGGAGGUCAACGGUGGUCACCUACUUCUCAGCACAGGUUUUCUGCUAUCUUUCUGUCAACACAGUAUUACAUGGUCUGCGUGCAGUCUGAUUUGUUGCCAAGGAGCCAGUUAAUGAAUUCAUUUCCUUAGACCCAGGCAGUAGGGACCUUUCAUCCUCAUCAAAAUAUUAUUUCCGCUCAGUAUGUGAAGGUGUAGUAGGCAGGCGGUGAUGUGAAUUUUCUUCCCCUCACUAUGAGCCCCCCUUCAGGAUUAUCUGUUGCUGGGAACGCCAGCCUAUGCUGCUGUUAUUGGAUGCAGUCACUCGGUGUUACAUAAUUUUGCUAAUUCUCCCCUAUCUACUUUCCCCGCCUGCCUAACAUCACGAGAGGAGACGCAUGCUGGACUCGAGCAACACACUGCUCUGCGUUUCCCUUCUGAGAUGUGGCGUAUUCCCUCUGUGCAGUGAGCAGCCAGCAAGGCCACCCUUAAACAAAUGGAUGCUGUGACGAGCCGAAGCCUGAAAAGAAAAUUUGAAGAUGUUGACGUGGGCUCCCCUAUUUCUACCCCAAAAGAUUCAGAUGAUGAAAUCUCAAAUAGUGACAGUGCAGAAAGCUGUGACAGCAUUACCGCUCCCACCACCACUGGACUUAUCCCGAUAUCCAUCUUGAAGAGGCAGAAACUCCCGAGACAGAAGAAUGUGCGCUUCGACCAGGUGACUGUAUACUACUUCUCCCGGCGACAAGGUUUCACCAGCGUGCCAAGUCAGGGGGGCAGUUCCCUGGGCAUGGCGCAGCGCCACAAUUCAGUGCGGAAAUAUACCCUGUGUGAGUUUGCACAGGAACAGGAAGUGACACAUCGAGAAAUCUUACGUGAGCACUUAAAGGAAGAGAAGCUUCACACAAGAAAAAUGAAGCUGACAAAAAAUGGUACCAUAGAGUCUGAAGAAGCCGAUGGACUCACCUUAGAAGAUGUGUCAGACGAAGAUAUAGAUGUAGAUAGUGUAGAAGUAGAUGACUACUUCUUCCUUCAACCAUUACCAACUAAAAGACGUCGAGCUCUGCUCAGAGCAGCUGGAGUUCAUCGUAUAGAUGCUGAGGAGAAGCAGGAGCUUCGUGCCAUCCGUCUCUCAAGAGAAGAAUGUGGAUGUGACUGCCGCCUAUUCUGUGAUCCAGAAGCUUGCCCAUGUAGUCAGGCUGGGAUCAAGUGUCAGGUGGAUCGUAUGUCAUUUCCAUGUGGGUGUUCCAGGGAUGGCUGCAGUAACGUAGCUGGUCGCAUAGAAUUCAACCCUAUUCGUGUGCGAACUCAUUACCUCCAUACUAUCAUGAAGCUUGAGCUGGAAAAUAAACGCCAACAGCCACGACCUCAGCCACUAGAACAGGAAACUCCCCCUGACUCCCUCACUGCCCAACAGCAUCAGGAGACACAGGACUUCCAUGAAUUUAUAGCUGAGAACUAUCACUUGGAGAACGAGGCUGCUGUCCGGCACCUGCAAAGUGCAGAGGAGCGCCAGAGGCUGCUUGAUGAAGGUGAAGAAACAUCAAGUGGCUCUAGCCUCAGUCUGGACUCCAGUGUAGAGAGUUUAGAGGUCUGUCUUCUGGAGGCGCCCAUUUCGCUGCCACCGUCCGAUUGCCAUUCCUCCGACAAUCCCGUCUUGCUGUCUUCUGACUCCUCUGUUCUCUGUUACACUGAUGAAGACUCUGGGAGGCCAGCUUCACCACCGGACUACACAGAUGACAGCAUGGUUUCCAUUUAUGAUCAGAACUCAACCAGCUUAACUCCAGGGUCAGACAUGACAGAGUCUAUCGCCUCUGAGACUACAGAGUCCAGUGGCUCAGUCCAGAUAGAUACAGAGGAUUACACAAUGAUGACUCCUUAUUCUAAGGAGGAGAACCUAGAACCAGAGCCUGCUGGGAAUUCCUCUGACUUGGUAACACAGACAAGCAGGCAACUAGAAACCUCUAUGAGUGAAGGAGGGAGGUUGCAGGAAAAUUCUGACAACCCCUGGUCAGGCCAGCACUUUUCUGCUGAAAGUUCCCUGACCAUGUGACACUUUUGGCAAAUGUUUUGCACAAGCUUCUCCAUCUUCUCUUUUCCAAUCAAAAUCCUUUCCUCAACUUUCCAUGUGUGUACCUGUGGGAGAUCUAUUUAUAUUAGCAUUGUCUUCAUUUACAAAUGUCUUUUUAAUAUGCGUGAAAAACAGUGGAUGUGUGAGGAGGGGGGGAAAAAAAUCUAAAGAUGGUUCUGGGCCUUCUUACAACUUUUCUGAGUUUGCCUAAGCCAAUGAUAUGCCAGCUCACCCUUGGGUAUGUUUAGCUUUAUAGGGAGGAUGGUUGCCAUAUUGCUGGGUUGUGUUGCAAUAUUAUCCAUGUUUGAAAUUUGGUGACCACUAGAACUUUGCAAUAGACACACUGCUCAAACCAUUGUCUGAUAAAUGCAAGACUUUUACUUACAAACUAACGGCGCUCUAUCUGUAGAUCUACCACCUUCAAACACGCCUGUAUGUGGUUUGGCAAGAUUUGCUCACCACGUGGCAGGCUACCUUUUUCCUUUGCAUGGUUCCUUGCUUUUUGGAUUAAUCUGUUGUGGCUCCCUAGCAUCCCGUGUCUUCACCCCAACAGUCAAUGUAGAAGGAAUGGGAGCCUAACAUGUUGACUACACAGAUAUACCCAUAGUAUGGUGCUAUUGGAUAGGCUUAAGUUUCAAAUGAUGGUGCAGAAGCACUUUAACUUCAAGACAAGACUAACCUACAGGACUUUUCUCAACUUUAUGAAGCUGCUAAUCUUCAAUGUGGACUAUUUAAGGGGACAGUUGUACUAUUUGUGCAUUCAAAUGUGCUAGUCUUUUAUUGGAAUGGAACGGUAUUAAUUUUAAGCACCGCCCCUUCCCCGCCCAAGCAUUAAAGGGGUUUGUGCGAUGUACAGUUUUUAUUUUUUUAUGUAGAUUUUUACUUUGAAAUAUUUGUGUUUAAAUUAUGAGAUCACCAAAUACACCAAUGAAAAAUAUUUAUUUAUAGGUAAUAAGUCAACCUAUUACAUUUUGGCAAACAUUUACAAAGCAUACCGUCACUGCAGUGUUUUUAGUAAACUGCGACAUUUCUUCCUUGGAGUAACUGAAAUAUGGUCCUAGCUUUAUUGGCAAAAUUCUGACAUUUCUAAGACUCAUUUUACCCAAGGACUAAAUUAAAUCAGCCAAUAAAGUUAUUGCCACAUACAGCUAGGCUGGAACUUAUUUGUCUAUUGUCUUUCUUUGUUGUUGACAUACAUGUCUUAUUGUUUGCAGAAUCCUUUAUGCAUUAGCUUAAAGAUGACCGUUUAAAGCAGUAUUCAUUCCAAGACCAAAAAUGUAAUAUGUUGCAGCUUACCAAUCAUUAGAUGUGGUGCCAGCUUUCUUUUUAUUUAUUUUUUUAAGGCUUUUUCCCUGGUGGUCUGGCCAUUAACACAACUCCUGUAUUGGUGUCCCCACUCUAGAUAGAGGGGCACCUUUGGACAGCAGCAUUGGUAAUCUGGGGGUAGGGGAGUGUUAGAUGGACUGGCAAAUUUAGAUUCACUAGCAGACUGAGGCUGAACUCCAGCUAAUACUUUAUAAGCAGUUACAGAAAUGUAUUUUGUUUUUUCCUUUUGGGAUAAAGGUUUUACAUAAAAGAAAAAGAACUGUUGACCACUGUAAGCAACCCCUACGUUGACCACUGUAAGCACCCAUAUCAGUGGAAAAUAGUGUGUCUCAUUCCUCUAACUGCUACAUCUGCUAGACAGCUGGUUUUGAAGCAUAGACCUACUGGUCGGAUCACCAGGUGAAAAUAAGGGAGAGAGCUUAAUGCAGCCAUCAAUCACAUCUAAGAUUUGGUAAACUGCAAUAUAACAAAUAGUUGCUUUUGGGUUUAAUAUUGCUUUAACAUUUAAUAGAAGAAGUAUUCAUUACCUUGCAUAGUCUGAUCUGGGGGGGGGGGGGUUUGAUUUUUCUGUCUACCCUUUAUGAGGCGGUCAUUUAAGAAAAAAAAAAUUGUCGUUGGAACAUAGUCAGCCAAAUUUUGUAUGUUUACCAGAUAUAAGAUAGUGAGGAUGAAAGUAUUCAGCUGCUCUGUGAAUCAUGCUACUGCCAUGGUAUCGGUGUGCUCUCAACUCUGCAUAUUGUGAUCAAUAUUGUAUAGCUCUCCCCCCGUGUGUUGGGAGCAACCACAAAAAUACCUGUUUUUGCCCAAAUAUACAGUGCCCUAUGCCCUCUGUACUCCAGCUGAUAAAUGGUUAACAAAUUCUAUUUUAAUUGGGCCAAUGAUUUGGUUAGAUUGAGGAAGGUCCGGGAUAUAUGUUUAACCAGGCUUUAUUUUUGGCGGUAGGCAGUUCCUACAGCGGUUUCCUUGUUCUGGCCUGUCCAUUGGUAGAAAGGAGUUUAGCCUAACUUUCAGUAGUUUGCAAUCCUAGACUUAUGAAAAAGUCCUAAUUGGCUCUUAAACUAUAGUAUUAUGUAUAGUUACUGACAUAUGCGGCUUUCAUAAGAGAUGAAACCUAUAAAAUACUAUUUUAUUCACAAUUUGUUAAAAUGUAGCCUGUUUAUCACAGGUGAGUAUUUUUCAGUGAUGUAUAAAAUGUGAUAAGAGGUUGUCCAAGAAGACCUUCAGUUUGGCUUGAGGUAAAUCUUGGCAUAUGUCUUACAUUUCAUAAUAGGCACAAAUUGCAUAUGUUUAACACUGUGCAUAUUUUCUUACUGGACAGUUGUUUGGUUAUUUCAUUUCUUUUUUUACCUGUUAAUAUACAGGUUUUUGGUUAUUCUAUUUAUUUUUUACCUGUUAAUAUACAGGUUUUUCUUCCCCUCACAUGAGUGUUGUGUCACCAGUUACCAAGUCUGAUCAGUGUAAUGAACAUGGGAUCAGCAUGAUCAUGGUUGUACUAUAGCCAUAGCAUGGCCCAAGUGUAAACAAACUUUGCCAUAAUGGCAAUGCAGAAAUUAAAAGACUAACUAGUUUAUAAACAGAAAAUUAGAAGAAUUCUAUAGAAAUCAGAGGGCUUGACCACAAGAGCCAGAAUCCUCAAUUAGUUGUAAUCAAGAACAGCAACUUAAAACUGGUUGCCAGAGAAAUCAAUGGUAUGCAAAGACCAAUCCAUUUUAAGGCUAUAGAACUGCAUCACAGCCAAUGAGAAUCUUAAUUUUAAUAUCUGCAAUCGAAAAAUAUUUCCAUCUGCUUAAUGUAGGGUAGCGAGAUUAACUUCAGACCUGUUUGUAAAUGAGGCCUAGUACAAA